AUUUCCACUGCUGCUUUCAUCAUGAAGAUAGGAGGGGUCUUCCUACUCCUCUUUUUGGCAUUUCUGUGCCUCACAGUUGCCGCACGAAAGCCUCAACAAAAGGUGAACUGCAACAAAUACCCAAGAAAGCCGGAUGGCAGCGUAGGACCCUGCACCCUGAUUGCUGGACCCGUCUGUGGAACUGAUGGCAAAACCUAUGGGAAUGAGUGUAGUCUGUGUGCCACAAUUGUAAAAACUAAAGGAAGAAUCGGUCUUCGCCACCGAGGAAGGUGCUGAAUUCUUGACGCUACUGACUACAGAACUGUGUUAAUUCCACUAUUCCCUUCAUGCUUUUUAGAAACACACACUCUCCCUUGAGCCUGUACCCAAUUUCUUACUCUUCCUCUCUCCAACACUCAUUCUUUUUAAUCCAUUGAAUUAUUCAAUAAAAUAAGCUUUGCUGAUCUA